UUCUUCUUCUUUACAGUUUUUUGAACGGUUAAUUAAUCAAUCACAUCAGUUUUUAAAAAUCUCUGCAACUGUAACCACCGUAACAGAACCAAAAUUGCGGUUGUUACAUUUUGCGUUUCAUCGUUCCCAUCGUCGUUUUGAUCCCUCCUCUCCCGAUUCAAUCCAAACCCUAAUCUCUCUCGGAUCCCAAAUCGCUGCAAUGUCGAAUUCGAUUCUUCAUCUCGCAAUUCUCACGCUCGCAUUGACGUGCAGUGUUGUGAAUUCGAUGAGGUUUGAGCUUAAAUCGGGUCACACUAAGUGCAUUUCAGAAAAUAUCAAGAACAAUGCUAUGACGGUAGGAAAGUACAGUGUCGUUAAUCCUUAUGAAGGCCAACCGAUUUCUGAUAACCACAGGAUCACGCUCAAGGUGAGUUCUCCUAAUGGGAUCAGUAAUCACUAUGGGGAUCAUGUGGAUUCGGGUACUUUUGCGUUUACUGCAACUGAAACCGGUGACUACACGGCAUGCUUUUGGAUACCGGAUAGUAGGAUGGCCCCGUCAAUUGUGACCGUUGAGUUUGAAUGGAGAUCCGGGGUUGCGGCCAAAGACUGGUCUAAGGUUGCCAAGAAAGGGCAGGUUGAAGUAAUGGAAUUUGAGUUGAAGAAGCUGUAUGAUGCCGUUACAUCCAUACACGAUGAGAUGUUUUAUCUUCGCGAAAGGGAAGAAGAAAUGCAAGAUCUUAAUAAAGCAACCAACUCCAAGAUGUUUACCUUCGGUUUCCUUUCAAUUGUGGUUUGCAUUUCUGUCGCCGGUAUGCAGCUAUGGCAUUUGAAGACAUUCUUUGAGAGGAAGAAGCUCCUCUAAGUUCCUUCACACAAAUUUUGUUCGAUUUGUUUCUUUAUUUUAUUAAUUCAUUUUGCAUGUCUGUUCUUGUGCAUUCAAAUAUCUUAUUAGUCCAUCUUUAUCUUUUACAAUUUAUUGGUAGAUAUUAGAAACACCUGUUACAUUUUCAAAGUUCUUUUAAUAGUUAUUCUUUUACACUCAA